AUGAUGCCUGGAGGUUUGUCGUCCUGCUCUAGGCGCUCGCCCCACUCCGAUGAUGCUGGCGACCUCGGGCACCAGCCGUCGUCCACCGAUGCAGGCCGCGGAGGGGUUGCGGGCACCCCGCUGCGUUCCCAGCAUUCUCCAGCGGUGGCGGCGCCGUCCUCGUCCACCUCUACUGCUUCGUCACCGCCAAGUACGUCCACCUCCACGGUCAACAUUCCUGCUGAGGCAUUCGACUCCGACUCCAACACGCAGAUGGAGACGGAUCCGAAUGAUGACGACCGACGGGGCUAUUGCAGAGCAUACCCCGAGGCCCUGCUCUGCGCGUCAUCCGCCGUGGUGACAGAACCUUCCGGUGCCCUGUUUGGCCUGGCUUGGCGAGCCGAUGGACUAGUCCUAAUGAGUUCAGGGAUCAUGUCGUCGGAAAGGCCAAGUCCCGCGCCCUGA